AUUUUGUUUUUCGUUUACUUGCAUACACAAUUUAUUGAAGCUGGACUAAUACCAAAAAAUGGUAUUCGAAAAUUUUGAAUUUCGAUUACUUCAAGAGAAAGACUUUGAUAUGGUGUGGAAGCUGAUACUUGAUGAAUUUGUUAAACGAGAACCCGGUUCAGUAACGCUGAAUUUAUCUGAAAACGAAGCUCGUAUAUUUUUGGGAAAGAUGGCAAAAGACGGUAUCUUACACGGAACAAGCAUUGGUGCGUUUGACAAACAAACAAAAGCAUUAAUUGGAAUUUGUAUAAGUUUGUUAGGAACGAAACCACAGUCAAGUACUGACUCGAGCAAAGAGCCGAGAAGAGUACAGCAAUAUAACAAGAUGUUAUCGCGUCUAACUCCACCGGAGGAAGUGAUGGGCACGAGGAACUAUAUGCAAUUACCCAUUCUUUGUGUAAAAGAAAGCCAUAGCAACGCUAGUAUCGGAGCAGAGUUGUUCAAAAGAUCAGAAAAGAUUGCAAGAAACUUAGGAUGUGAAAAAAUAUUUACGUUUGCAUCAAGUGCAUUUACAUUGAAAAUAUGUAAUAAGUUCGGAUACGACAUCAAGAAAGAAAUAUUCUAUGAAGAUUACAUUGAUCCGAUAUCAGGAAAUAAAAUAUUUGAGAAUAUCCCAUACCCUCAUGUGAAAUGUGCCCUUGUUAUAAAAACUCUGUGAAUGCAAGUUCUCUUUUGUACGUAACAGGUAAAAUAUUGUUUGAUCUCCGCUAUGGGAGACACUUAUGCUUGGCCGUUCUGCCUGUCUGUCUGUUUAUCUGUCUGUCCGUCUGCCUAUCUGUGUGUCGAAGCUGUAGCGUCUUAACGGCUGGACCGAUCUGGAUAAAAUACAAUGAAUUUCUAUCGUUUGUCUUGUACCGCAAAAUAUUGGUUUUCCACUUUCUUGUUAAAUGAUAUGAAGUGAAAUUUAUUUAAACGUGUUAUAAGCGGGUAGAAAUACAGAUUCGUCUUGUCA